AUGAUUGUGCGGGUGAACUCGACAGUUGACUACUGUGGACCUCGACUGAAAACAGGAAGUUUUUCAGCUACUCGUUUUGAGACAAUCCGUAAACUGAACUCACUGCUGAAGGAAGAAGAACCUACAGAGCUGACAAAGAGGGCCUCAGUGGCCCCCCAAAAAUAUGGGGACGAUUCAGAUUGCUCAACUGAUAUUGAAACUCAGUCUCAGCAAGCAAAGAAGUCAAAGGCUCCCAAGAGGACAGACCCUGCAGAAGAGUUUCUUAAGCUAUACGGUCAAUCACAGCCUUCUUCAGAUAAUCACAACAGUCCGACUCAGACUGUGGUUGAAUUAAAGCAGGAGAUCAAGGACCUGAAAGAAGAGAACGCGAAGUUGAAGGAGAUUGUUCUUCAAGAUGUGCCAGGACUCCUACUGAGCUUGAGGAAUAUAAUAGAUUCGGCUGCACCUCCUAAGAGAUCCAGGGUGGAGCCUACCAAAGCAUUACCGGCCCUUCCAGGGUCUCCGCAGUCCAGGUCCAGUUCUCCAUGUGCCACUUCGCUGUCCCUCCCCAGAUCUACGCUGUCCAGUUCCACAUCUGUGUCUCCAUCCCUGACUGCCUCCCAGUCUUCUAAGGUUGAGAUCCAUCCUGGGACCGGAGUCAUGGUUGAGAAACUGGCGUGGGCCUAUGCCAUCAAUGCCAAUUCGGCAACAGUCUUUGUGAGGCAUCUGCUCACCGCAGUCUUUCCAGUGGAAAUACUGCUGGUGAGCAAUCUUCGGGGGAACAAACGAGGCGGAGGAGAGGCUCGUCAACCAUUAGACAAAAAUAAAUUGGAUGCCAUUUACAGUGCAACACUUGAGAAGUGGCCAGGGACCCAGCUUUCCAGCAUUGGAAGUACGAUCAAUGCCAAGAUUACAGAACUCCGGUCAAAAAGUAAAAAUGUUGGUGUGUACACAGCUCCACAUUAAACUGUUUUGUUUACUCUGAGUUUCACACAGGUGUGUCACAUAGUCCUUGGCCCUGGGGCAAAACAGGUUCUGACUACUGUCUACUGAAAGU